GUUGUGUGCUUGGGCAUGUCUGUGAUGCUUUUUGUGGAGAAGGUGUACAUGGGCAUAAUAAUAAUAUUUAUUAAGCUGUUUAGAAGAAGGCCUGUGAAGCAUUGGAAAUGGGAGGCCAUUAAGGACGAUGUUGAGCUUGGGAACUCAGCUUACCCUAUGGUUCUUGUGCAAAUUCCUAUGUACAAUGAAAGAGAGGUUUAUCAGCUUUCUAUUGGAGCUGCAUGUGGGCUUUCCUGGCCUUCUGAUAGGAUCAUAAUUCAAGUUCUCGAUGAUUCAACAGAUCCAACCAUUAAGGAUUUGGUGGAGCGAGAAUGCCAAAGAUGGGCAAGCAAAGGAAUAAACAUAAAGUACGAGAUCAGAGACAACAGAAAUGGGUACAAAGCAGGGGCCCUCAAGGAAGGCAUGAAGCACAGUUAUGUCAAACAGUGUGACUAUGUUGCCAUCUUUGAUGCUGACUUCCAACCUGAACCUGAUUUUCUCUACCGCACCAUUCCAUUUCUGGUCCACAACUCUGAUAUUGCCCUUGUUCAAGCUCGCUGGAAAUUUGUAAAUUCGGAUGAGUGUUUGAUGACAAGAAUGCAAGAGAUGUCACUGGAUUACCAUUUCACGGUGGAGCAAGAAGUGGGGUCUGCAACUUAUGCCUUCUUUGGUUUCAAUGGCACGGCGGGUGUGUGGAGAAUUGCAGCGCUCAAUGAGGCUGGAGGAUGGAAGGACCGCACAACAGUAGAGGAUAUGGAUUUAGCAGUCCGAGCUAGUCUCAGAGGCUGGAAAUUUGUAUAUCUUUCUGACCUUAAGGUGAAAAGUGAAUUGCCAAGUACGUUCAAAGCCUACCGUUAUCAGCAGCAUCGAUGGUCUUGUGGCCCUGCUAAUCUCUUUAGAAAGAUGGUAAUGGAGAUUGUGAGAAACAAGAAGGUGUCCCCAUUGAAGAAGUUUCAUGUGAUCUACAGCUUUUUCUUUGUUCGCAAAAUUGUAGCACAUAUCGUCACAUUUGUCUUCUACUGUGUCAUUUUACCAGCAACGGUUUUGGUUCCUGAAGUUCAAGUUCCCAUUUGGAGUGCUGUUUACAUUCCUUCUACCAUUACUCUCCUCAAUGCUGUUGGAACUCCUAGAUCACUCCACCUAUUGAUUUUCUGGAUCCUCUUUGAGAAUGUGAUGUCUCUGCACCGGACUAAGGCGACAUUUAUAGGUCUUUUUGAAGCAGGGAGAGUAAAUGAAUGGGUCGUCACUGAGAAACUGGGAGAUGCUCUCAAGAAAAAAUUAGGUGCAAAAGCUCCCAAGAAACCUCGAUUAAGAAUUGGAGAAAGACUGCAUGUGCUUGAGCUCAUUGUUGGAUUCUACCUCUUCUUCUGCGGCUGCUAUGACCUUGCCUUUGGAAAGAACGGAUACUUUAUCUACCUAUUCAUCCAAUCUGUUGCAUUCUUCAUUGCGGGGGUUGGUUAUGUUGGCACCUUUGUCCCCAACUCAUAG